AUGGCCUCAUAUCCCCUUGGCUUCCGACUGGCGCAAGCUAUCGGCAUCUCCGGCGCCGCUUGGCUCUCUGGAAAUAUUGCCGCCCUCAGCAUGAAUGUCACACCCGCGCUACUCCGGUCCCGCCGUGAAGACAACGUUCCUCCAGCCACCGUCGCCAAGCAAUGGAGAAACAUGUUUGAGAAUGGAAAGACCCAGAAUCCACCCAUUGCAGUCGCUGUGGCAGCCUCGUUCUUGUAUCUGGCCUGGUCUGUGCGAUCGGGGGCCCCCUUGUUCAAACAAACUGCAUACAGUCGCUCUGGGCUAUUCUCAGCAGCAGCUGUCUUGACGCUUGGAAUUAUACCUUAUACAUUGCUUGCAAUGGCCGGUACCAAUAACGCACUCUUGGAAAAGGCCAAGUCUGCCCCUGAGAUCUCUGAUACGGAGACAUCGAGGCUGAUCGAGAAGUGGACUACCCUUAAUGCGGUCCGAGGAUAUUUCCCCUUGGCCGCGGCAGCGGUUGGACUGAUGGCUUCAUUUGUGUGA